AGACCGCCCCGACAUCAGUGACCCGGCGUGCCGGGUCGUGCUGGCAGACUUCGGCGCGGCGUGCCGGCUGGAGAGUCACGGCGAGCGGCUGAGCGCUCUGGUGGGCACCAAGAGGUUCGCCCCACCAGAGUUCUUCGACAGGAACUACGGCACCAAGGUGGACGUGUGGGCACUGGGCGUCGUGGUGUACGGCCUGGCCACGGGGUCCUUCCCGUUCCACGGCGAGGCGGAGAUCCGCAGCAAGGGCCUCUGCAUCCGCGGCAGUCUACCCCCCCGUGGCGGACUUCGUCGGCAGCCUGCUGACGAAGGACGAGGCCGCGAGGCCGAGCAGCGACCAGGCGAUGGCCCACCCGUACCUGAGCCCUGGGGCCUGCCCGGAGCUGCCGGCGCCGGUGGGCGCACGCGCGGGAGGGCAGCAGGCGUUCGCGUUCGAGGCCGUGCGCGACGAGGACACGAGCUGGUCUCGCGGGCUCAGCCCCAGCGCGGAGCAGCGGCUCCCUGGCUGCGGCGGCAGCGCGGCCUGCAGCAGGGCCAGCACGGCCGAGUCGGUCGGCUGGGUGGGCGGCGGCCCGGAGGGCUCCUGCGGCGCCGCCCGGCGAUCGCCGAGAGCCUCCACUGCGCAGUUCCCGGCGAAGCCUCCCCCCGAGUCGGGCGUCCGGGCCAGGGACGUGCUGCUCUUCCUGGGGUGGCUCUGCUGCUCGUAGGCACGAGGUCUCUGCCCCACCCCCUCUCCCGGGGGCCACGUCAGGUCCCUCCCCCCCUGCUGUUCCUUCUCGCUCUCGGCGGCUCCGAGCGCGCUGUCGGGCGGGCGAGGGCGAAGGCGUGCACGCCAAGGGCGUGCACCCGCCACUGGACUGCACUCGCUCGGGAAUUCGAGCUGCAUCUGUCGGCGGCGUGCUCAGAGGGAAGGCUUCUCGCAAGGCUGGAUGUCCUCUGAGGAGCCUCGCCGCCUGUCGGGAAGGCCUGGCCCCUCUCGCCUCCUCCCCCUCCUCCUCCCCCUCCUUCUCCUCCUCCUCCUCCUCCUCCUCCUCCUCCUCCCGCCGAGGAGCACGGUGUCGCAGAACGCAGGGCCCCGUCGACGCAGGGCCGCGCCUCGCUGCGGGUCCGCGUGGCGCGCGCGGUCAAGGAUUGCCACGGCCGCGCGCCUGCGCCAUCGCGGAUGCUCGCUGAGGUCCACUCGAAGCUGUCCGCGUCGGCGCGGCAGGGCGCAGGAGGCACCCCGGCCGCCGUGAUCGCAUGGGGGUCCAGGGUUCAUCACCUUGGAGCGACUGCUCGUGAAUUCGGUGUGCGUGCUCCGUCAUCACCUCUUUGACCCUCCUCUUGCUCCUUCGCCUUCCUUCUUUUUGUCCCGCUUGGCAGCUGGAAGUCCGCGAACGUGGGCCAAAGGGUUCGCGCGUGAUUUGUCCUGCCGACGCGCCGAUAGGCGGAUAUUUUUUCAACUGUGCCGUGCCCGGUACUCCUGCUCCCGUCUUGUAUUCCUGCUCCCCGCUCCUGCAUC